AUGAAUAUCACUCAUCAUCAAAACGAUGAUAUUAUUCAAGAAAAUAUUGACAACAGUGAUCAUUUUUUUAAUGAAGAUAUACCAUCUGAAUCAACGACAAAUAACAGUCAACAUGCUGUCCCUACUGAUAUAACAAUACCAGAAACUUCAGGAUUCGAUAACUUUAUUACAAUUGAUUGGAUAGAUGAAAGAAGAAACAAAUUAAAGAAAUCUCAGUAUUUAAAUAAUGGCUUCAACACCAUAAGUAACCAUCAAGCUACCACUGCUACUUCCACAAAUUUCACCUUUAGGAGAAAUUUUGUUGUUAGAUUUUUCAAAUAUAUUUUUUAUCAAAAGGCUAGUACUUUCCUUACUUUAACUUUCAUUGCACUAACUAUUGGUUGUAUUGCAGGUUUUUUACAAAUUUUCACAGAGAGUUUGGUGAACUGGAAGACAGGACGAUGCACCACUAAUUGGUUAUUAAACCAGUCCUUUUGUUGUAGUGAGUUUGAAAGUACCACAAAAUGUAUAGAAAAUGGUGCAUGGACAAACUAUUCCAAAUUUCCAAUAGAAUUCCCUAUUUUCGUUACAUUAAGCAUUCUUUUUGGUACUUUAAGUGCUAUUUUAGUCAAGUAUCUGGCUCCAUUGGCUGCCGGAUCAGGUAUUUCUGAAAUCAAAGUCAGUGUUUCUGGAUUUUUAUAUAAUAUUGAUUUUUUCAAUCUAACUACUUUGAUCAUAAAGAGCGUUGCUUUGCCCUUGGCAAUUGCAUCCGGUCUAAGUAUAGGAAAGGAAGGUCCCUCUGUCCACUAUGCAACCUGUUGUGGGUUUAUCAUUGCUAACUUUUUCCUUGUGAAUGAAAAGUUUUCCAUGCUAAAUUUCCCUGAACUAACAGAAUAUAUGAUUGCCGGUAGUGCUGGUGGUGUUGCUGUAGCAUUUGGUUCUCCAAUUGGUGGAGUAAUCUUUGCCUUGGAAGACAUUGCCACCAAUACAGAUUAUAAUAUUUCGACAUUGUGGAAAUCCUAUUAUGUAGCUUUAAUUAGUACCACCACUUUAAAAAUCAUCAACCCUUUCCAAAAUGGUAAGAUUGUACAGUUUGAAAUUACCUAUGACAGAGAUUGGCAUCUUGGCGAGGUACCCAUUUUCAUUUUAUUGGGCGUAUUUGGUGGAAUAUAUGGCAACGUUGUCACAAAAUUAAAUGUUCAUUUUGUUUCCUUUAGAAAUAAGUAUUUAUCGGGGAAAUUCCCCUUGCUUAACCACAAGAACUAUGCUAUCCAAGAAGUUAUAAUAUUGACUAGCAUAACUGCAUUGAUUUCCUACUUUAACGAAUUUUUAAAAUUAGAUAUGGCUGAAGGAAUGGAAAUUUUAUUCCAUGAAUGUGCCACCGAAGAUCCGAGUUGGAACCAUGAACUUUGUAACGUUGGAUCUUCAAGCAAUGGCAAAUUCAUUCAGCUGGUAUUAAGUUUACUGUUUGCCACCGUUGUUCGGGCAUUGUUGAUCGUUGUUUCUUAUGGCUGUAAGGUUCCUUGCGGUAUAUUCGUUCCCUCAAUGGCGGUUGGUGCUACUUUUGGCAGGUUUGUGAGUUUACUCGUAGAAAAGUUCAUCACCGGGCCGGGUGUGAUUACUCCAGGCACUUAUGCUUUCUUGGGAGCUGCUGCAUCUUUAAGCGGAAUCACCCACUUAACGUUAGCGGUAGUUGUUAUUAUGUUUGAAUUGACUGGUGCAUUUUUCUAUAUUAUCCCAACCAUGAUUGUAGUUGCUGUUACCAGGAUGAUUUUUGUUUCUUAUGGCACGCAUAUGGGAAUUGCUGAACAAAUGAUUGUUUUUAACGGAUUCCCAUUACUUGAAGAAGAUAUCGAUAAUAGCAUUAUCGACUAUAAAUGCAUGGAUAUUUUGAAUCCUGAGAAAAAUCUAAUUUAUUUCCCAGAAACUGUUGCUUUUGGGCAAAUAUGUGCAAUCGUACAGGAACAUUCUCACGAUAAAAUAAAAGAAUUUCCUGUGGUUGAUAACAACAAUAAAUGUAUUGGUUUAGUUACCAAGGAAAGAUUGGAAACUUUUAUUUUUAUUAAACGUGGUGAGGAUAAUACUAAUGAUGCUGAAAUUAUCAAUUUUAAAACUACCACAAUGAACUACGAUUCAUUUACCAAUAACGAAGUUGAUGAACAUGAUGUUUUAGAGUCAUCCAACCAAGAAUUAUUGAUGAAUAAAUUACCGGUGAUUGCUAAAAACAAUUCACCACUGGAUUUAAUUCAUAGUAUUUUUCAAAAAGUUGGACCCAAAAAUGUCAUCAUAGAGGACGAAAUGGGUGAUUUCCAAGGUUUAAUUUCAAAAAAAGAUUUAUUGAGAUUUGAAAGAGGGAGAUAUAGAGAAAAACAUGGACCAUUGUAUCAAUUUAACCAUAAAUGGGAUGAAUGUUUAUGGAGUUUUAUUUCAAAAUUUACAUCAAAAUAA